AUGGAACCCAAUCUCACCAAGAAUUAUCGUGGCAAGGGCACAAAGGUCAACAUCAUUAACUGUUAUGCCCCAACCAGCAAAAUAGUAGAUGGCCAGCAAGAAGAAUUCCACAGAAGUCUCCGAGGUGUUCUAGAUCACACACUAAGGCGAGACAUCGGAAUUCUUCUGGGUGACUUCAACCUUAAGAUUGGUCAUGAUAACACUGGCAAGGAAAGAGUCAUGGGGCGACACGGGCUUUGCCACAUGAACGAGAAUGGGGAGUGUUUUACCGAUUUCUGUGUCUGCAAUGACUUAGUCAUCGAUGAAGACCUGGACAUUCAUUGGGCAGAACUGAGAAAGACGUGGCAAGAGACAUGCGAUAAACUCUUAGGCAGAAGGUGCGGCCCUAGACAUCAACAGCACAGAGGGACCCCAGCUAAAUGUCAGCACCCACCACCGUCUAAGACAGAGAUUGUUAGAGCUCUGAAACAACUGAAGAAUGCAAAGGCGCCAGAACCAGAUGACAUCCCGCCUGAGGCACUCAACAGAGUUCCACAGAGCAGCACGGUUAUCGGAUGA